AUGAACAUAGUUCCAGUUAUAACAAGAAAUUUGGGCUAUCCCAGUUUGAGUUAGUCGAGUUUUGCUAUUCGUUGAUUGAAGAUGCUGUGGUUCGUGGCCGAAAAAGUUAUCGGAAUGGGAUUCGAUUUGAAUUAAAACCUACCCAAAUCGGCUGAAAAUGGAACCGACCCCGUGUAUUCGUUCUAAUUAUGAGGCGCGCGCGUUUCGUCACGACCUCAAUAAUGACGUCACAAUGGUAAUCAUACAUUCCCGCAGUGCGCCAAUGAUCGGUAUUUAGCCAUGCUUUGGCUUAUCGUGGGCGCUAUUUUAGGCACUAUCUUAGGGAUUGUUGAAUAUCUCUACCCAGAACUACAGCUACUAUAUUUGCCGAAACUCAUUGCAGGAAAGACAUGUAAUUUGAUUUUACAAAUUGAAGGAUCGUCAUCUUCGGAUCUACAAUCAGUGUUCCUGGAGGCAGGGCGCGGUAGUUUCGGAUACUCGACGAUCACACAUAUCCCAGAUGUCCUUGGCACCAGUUUUAAUUUGCCAGUGAACAUUGUGGCGGAUGGCACAGCCCUCGCAGUCGUCCCCAAUGAGGCACACCCACCCCCAUGGGAGCAGCACAUCCCGUUCAUCUGGACCUAUCUGGCGACGACCGUGCUACUCGUCAUUAUCAUCCUGCUGGUCGACGCCUUGACAAAGAGCGAUGCUGAAAUGCGAGUGUUAAAACGUAGACCAACGAGCAGACGGCACAAAAGGAAGGACAAGAAAUCUCGAGGUCUUAAAAGGCACAAGAAGCCUAAGAGUGUGCAGCUUCCUCUCUAUAGGCUACCAAAGUCCAAGUCUCUCCCUGAGAUGCGUACCCCUGCAUUCACUGCCUUGCCUCGUUCAAGCUCCUUCAGUAACAUGGACUUAAAGGGAGCCAAGCACUCCACACUUGAAGACGCGGUUUGCAGGAUCCGAGCCCUUGCACAGUCCACUGUUAUAACGACUGCAGGUCAAUCACUUCUUGAUGCUGUCAAAAUCGAUUGCAUUUCGAUUGCUAGGUCGAACUCCUUGCCAAGUAUUAUUGGGAACCCUCCUUCGGAGAGCGCUAUAAAACCACGCUUGGUAAAAAGCCUGCCUGUUGCAGCAGCCGGCGCAAAAUCUACUGAGAUUGGACCGACUGUACAUACGCUCCGUAAUUAUAACCUAAUCGGGAGACUUCUCACCCGCAUCAAAUUCAAAAACACAGGAACUAGAUACACGGCGCAGGAUAACAAGAACGAGGAGUCAAGGGGGAGGCUCAAAACCGUCCCAAUGAAGAUCGCAAAGUUUAAAACAUCCUCCAUUUCUGAUUUAACGGCUGGGAGCAAGAAGGCCACAGGGCGAGACAAAGCUUCUACUCAAAGAUCCAUUUCCGAGCCUUCCUUGUCAGUAGGAAGAUCUAGCAAGGGUCAAGACCAUCUGAAGAAGCCUUCCUUAAUUGCCCGUGUUCUCAGUGUGCUCAAAAGGUUCAAAUCAAGGAGACCCUCAAGAUCUACCUCAGCUGAUGUUGUUAGGCAAAAGUUCCAUCAGGCUGGCCAGACCAAGCGUUGCUUGUCCGCUCCGGUUCUUUCCGAGUCGGAUCCCCGCUUAAUGCUGCUCUACGAUGUGAACAGAGCAGACCAUAGCCUGCUGCCAUUCCUUGACCAAGAAGCAAAUGGUACAUUUGCUUUCUUCGAGAAGUCUUCAACACAUCUGAAGACGGAUGAUCAGGAGUUCAACAUCUUGCCUCAGACAUCCCUCUUAGACCAUGAACAAAUUGAAACUAUGACAGCACCGAUUCCUGGUGAGGUUGAUAGUACGGUAACAUCAAAACCUGGUCAGACUGCUGUUGAAGUUGCAGAAGAGGCACUACUAUGCGCCGAGCAGAAAGACUCCGAGAUCAAGUCUCCUGCUUCUCUGCAACAUGAUGUUCUGUCAAACAAAACGCAGUUUUCAGAGGGAUUCAGAGCUUCCACACAAAGCGAGCUGUCUGAAGAAAACAGUGGCGAUCCUGCAAUGGAGCCCGAUCUUCCUGAAGUCUACGCAUCACCUGCGGAGAUUUUCGAGGACAUGAAAUGUCUUUUCCGCGCUCUUGUGGAAAAUAUCAAAACUCUGAACUCCUCUCCUCUUUCUACUAUAACGGCCUGGAGUAACAGCAUAAAUGACACAAUCACAUCGGCUAUCAUCCCAGAGCAGAGCUCCAAGACCCAAUCGCCCAAGCCAAACAAGAUCAAGUAUUGCCAACUCGUGACCAGGGGGACAAGACAUCAAGGCUGGUACGACCUAGCUUGUCCCGGCGUGCAGUGCGCGACCAUGGCGUACCUUGCGGUGCUAAGAUCCUGCAUCAAAGACAUCAGAAAAUGGACAUCACAAGACCUUGACUCUCUGAUCAAGACAGGGGACAAGGAGCACAGCAAACGGCUAACGGAGGUCAAGCUUACCCAGAGCUCAGCCCUCCUCAUCGACGAACUAAACCUUCAGAUCAAAGUCUGGAAUCGUCAGUUUAUCGUACAGAAAGAGGUCUGCUGUGGUGACAUCAUCAAGGAUGUCAGCUCAUGGACGGAUGAGUGUACCGAUCCAUAUCUCCCCCUGGAACGCAGCUUUGAGCAACUGAAAUACUAUAACAAGUUUCUACUCCGCUUCAUGAACCUGACCAUCGCUAUUAUUCGAACGUCGACUGGCUGGAUUAUGUACGAUUCGCACGCCAGGGAUAACGAAGGAUACGCUGAUCCUGAUGGAUUUUCUGUUCUCUUGGCGUUUGAUGACGUCACGAGCGUGAUUAAACAUAUUCGGCAGUUUGUGGACUGCAAAGGAUUUCUGGAGAUGUCUAACUUGCCGUUAAACGAAUGGCAGCGAUCGUAUGAGUUGGUCGGCUUAACUGUUAUGCUAUCUGGGAGAUGAUACGUCCUAGGGAUUCUGCUUGGGAUGUCUGUAUCUGUGUCAAUGUCCAUCCAAUGGUCAUCUUGAGAUGUAUCUAUCACUGCUUUUACUGGGAAAAAAUCUCGAGCAAAGGUGGUUUAAGCCUGAGACUUCAUAUCAAAACUACUAUUACUGGAAAAUAAAUCUUAAGCCAAGGUGGUUUAAGCCUGAGAUUUCUUUUCGUCACUACUAUUGCAGGAAAAUAAAUCUUAAGCCAAGGUGGUUUAAGUAUGAGAUUUCUAUUUAUCACUACGUCUGGAAAAUUAAUUUUAAGCCAAGGUGGAGAACAGCACUCAGCGUACCUAACCCCGGUGGUACCAUCUACGUUAGAUAGGAGUACAGCACUGAACUUACCUUACCCAGUAGUACCAUCUACCUUAGAUAGGAGAACAGCACUCAACCUACCUAACCCCAGUGGUACCAUCUACCACAAAUAGGAGGACAGCACUCAACCUACCUAACCCCAGUGGUACCAUCUACCACAAAUAGGAGAACAGCACUCAACUUACCUAACCCCAGUGGUACCAUAUCUACCACAAAUAGGAGAACAGGAUCUUUGAUAGAGAACUUAGCCCUACAAGUAUUUUAUUUACUUUAUUUUAUUAUAUUUAGCAAAAUAGGUUUGAGUACUUUUUGGUAGAUGAUCUGUUGAUCCGUGCAUACUGUAAAUGACCCAAUAAAACCCCUAUAUCAAGAA